AUAUGUAUUUGUAGGUAUCAAUGGUAUAAUGAUAAUUGUAUUAAAGAAACAUUAAACAUUGUUCGUAUUUUCACCUCGUCCCCUUGUGUCACUUCUUAGAAAUUUGUCGCAAAGAUCGGACAUGGAUCGAAUUCAAUUUAAAGUAAAUGGCUGUAAAUAUACAGUGGGAAACGAAGUGAGUUCUGAGGUGAUGCUGCUGGACUACCUGAGGGAGUACCUCCAGUUGAGGGGAACUAAGUACAUGUGUCGUCAGGCCGGUUGCGGUGCUUGCAUAGUGGCAGCUAAACGUCCGGACCGUCGUACGAAUGAAGCUGUCAAUUCGUGCAUGGUCCCGAUAACAUCCUGUCAAAAUUGGGAAAUAACAACCAUAGAAGGAGUGGGAAAUAGGAAUAAAGGAUACCACCCUUUACAAAAAAGUCUAGCAGCUAACAACGGUAGCCAGUGUGGUUACUGUUCGCCGGGAUGGGUUAUGUCUAUGUACAGCCUUUUGCAGCAAUACAAAGCCCCAAGAAUGAUAGAAAUCGAAAAACUACUAGGGUCUAACGUCUGCAGAUGUACUGGGUACAGACCAAUUUUAGAUGCCUUCAAAUCUUUCGCUAAAGAUGCUCCGAAAAAUCUAAUUUCUGAUAUUGAAGACUUAGUCAUUUGUAAGAAGACCGGACAGCCUUGCGAUAAUCCAUGCGAUGAAGAAGAUUGGUGCUUGGUGAAUAAAGAGGACGCUGAUGAGCCGAACACGAUUAGGAUAGAAUUGUGUGACGGAAGACUUUUUUUUAAGGUUUUUAAAAUAAGUGAAAUUCUGCGACUAUUGGUAACGGAGAAUUAUGAUUCUUACCAACUUGUUUGGGGAAAUACGGCUAGAGGUGCAUAUCCAACAGAUGUGCGCGCCCAGCUAUUAAUAGAUAUAACGGGGGUAAAUGAAUUAAAGGGAUAUUACUUGGAUCAGAAUCUGGUCAUCAAUGCUGGAACAACCUUGACUGAAUUGAUGAAUAUCUAUAAAAAACUGUCAGAAAAAGAAGAGGACUUUCAAUAUUUAGACCGGUUUUAUGAGCAUUUGGAAAUGGUAGCUCAUGUUGCUGUCAGAAAUUUAGGCUGCAUAGCCGGAAAUCUGAUGAUAAAACAUCAACAUAAUGACUUCCAAUCCGACUUGUUCGUGAUGUUCGAAACUGUUGGUGCACAAUUGACUCUUGUAACAGGACAAGGUAAAUCAAGAAUGGUAACUAUGGGAGAAUUCCUGCAGACAAACAUGCGAGGAACGGUUAUAUUAAACGUUAUGUUGCCUCCUUUGAAUAAGACCUAUUUGGUUACAACUAUGAAGAUAAUGCCUAAAUCCCAAAAUGCGCACGCUAUAGUCAAUGCUGGUUUUCUAUACAAAUUAGCCAAUAAUUCGAUAGUCACUCAAGCCAGGAUCGUCUACAACGGCAUCUCACCGACAUUCGUAAGGGCUUUAGGAACCGAGAAUUUCCUAAUCGGAAAACCGUUGUUUAAAAACGAAACUCUUCAGUCGGCUUUGAACAUUUUGAAGAAGGAUCUGAACGCCACUGAAAUGCCUCCCGAACCAAGCCCAGCGUAUAGACAGCAGCUGGGUUUGGCAAUGUUUUAUAAGGGUCUCUUAUAUUUUUGUCCAUCAAACAACAUAAAUCCGAGGUAUCUCUCUGGAGCUACAUUUCUCCGUAAGGCAAGACCUUUAUCACGUGGAGAGCAAAAUUAUGAAACAAAUGCUGCACUUUGGCCUUUAAAUCAGCCAAUCCCAAAGUUAGAAUCGUUGAUACAAUGUGCAGGUGAAGCAGAGUAUGUGGAUGACAUACCCUCGCUACCUUAUGAAGUAUUUGGUGCGUUCGUUUUAAGUACUGUUGCUCUGGGACAGAUCGCCUCUAUAGACGCUUCAGAAGCUUUGAAAAUGAAAGGAGUUAUAGCAUUCUACACGGCUAAAGACAUUCCUGGAAAAAAUUCGUUCAUUCCAAAAGAAGAGUAUAAUACGUCAGAUGAAGAGAUUCUUUGUUCUGGGGACGUCAAAUACUAUAAUCAACCUUUGGGGAUAAUUGUAGCUGAACUUCAACAUAUCGCUAUAGUCGCUGCUAAAAGUGUUAAAGUCAAGUAUACAAAUAUCCGGAAACCAGUACUAGAUAUUAGUGAUGCUAUAAAAGACCCAAAGAGAAAUUCAAUACUAGUCUCUGUAGACGCAACGACUAGAGGUCAUGAUACCAGACAAGUUGUCAAAGGAAACGCCACUAUUUAUGGGCAAUACCACUUUAGUAUGGAAAUUUUAGUUUGUGUAACGCUUUCAACUGAAGAAGGAUUACAGGUCUAUCCUUCUGUCCAAAAUAUGGAUGGUGUGCAGGCUGUGAUAUCAAAAGCUUUGAAUUUAGACGCUAAUAGGAUAGACAUAAAAGUCCGACGCUUAGGAGGUUCUUACGGUAUCAAGGUCACGAGGUCCAACCAAGUAGCUGUGUCGUGCAGUUUGGUAUCAUUCAAAUUGAACAGGCCAUGUCGCUUCGUACUUCCACUCUCAACUACUACAAGAGCUUACGGAAAGAGAUUUCCGUGUAUUGCUGAUAUGGAAGCUGGAAUAAACCGAAGUGGAAUAAUUCAAUACUUAAAUUUCAAAUUGUACGAAGACAAUGGUUAUAAAGUAAAUGAGAUCAUACCUUCAAUCAGUAGAGAUGUUUAUAAUAACUGCUAUGAAAAAUCUACGUGGUCAUUUCAGUGUAUUAAUACAAUCACCGAUACUGCUAAAAACAGCUGGUUCAGAGCACCUGGCACACUAGAGGCUGUGUCAUUCGUUGAAUUAUUCAUGGACAGAAUUGCCUACGAAGCAAAUUUAGAUCCUAUAGAAUUAAGGCUUGCUAACUUAGAUCCAGAACAUAAAGAUCUAAGAGAAAUGCUUGACACUUUAAUGAAGGAAUCCAAAUAUAAAGAACGAAGAAAAGCAGUUGAAAUUUUUAAUAAGAAUAACAGAUGGCUGAAAAAGGGAUUGCGUUUUAGUUUCUUGAAAUGGGCUAGCACUAUUGCCCCUUAUUUUGAUGUAAAUAUAUCAGUUUAUCAUGUAGACGGUACUGUGUCAUUGACCCAUGGCGGAAUAGAAAUGGGUCAAGGUAUAAACACAAAAGCAGCACAGAUCUGUGCGUAUUUUCUAAAAGUCCCGUUAGAAAAAGUUCAAGUUAAAGCAACGAAUACCAAUACCUGUCCCAACAGCUCUAUUACUGCUGGUAGCUUUACGAUACUUAGUAUAGGAAUAGGUGUUGAGAGGAGUUGCAAAGAUUUGUUGCAGAGAUUGGAACCGAUCAGAUCCAAAAUGCCUUAUGCCACGUGGCAAGAAUUGAUAGCCAAAGCGUUUGAAGAAAAUGUUGAUUUACAAGCUCACGGCUUCGUAAAUAGGAAUGAUGUUGUUGCACAAAAAUAUAAUAUUUACGGUAUAACACUGUCUGAAGUUUUAAUUGAUGUACUUACCGGAGAAUAUGAAGUGCUUCGAGUAGAUAUACUGGAGGAUGUCGGUCAAAGUGUCAGUCCCGAGAUUGAUGUUGGACAAAUAGAAGGGGCUUUCAUUAUGGGCUUAGGAUACUGGACCACAGAGAGACUAGUCUAUGACAAGAAGACCGGAGAACUACUGACCGAUACUUCUUGGACUUACUAUGUUCCACAAGCGCGAGAUAUACCGCAGGACAUGAGAGUUUAUUUCAGAAAGAAUUCUUAUAGUAACCGACCCAGUUUUGGAUCUAAAAUGACCGGGGAGCCGCCAAUGUGCAUGACAAUUUCUGUGCCGCUAGCUAUUAGAGAAGCCAUCACAUCUGCGCGACGAGAAUCCGGGAUACCAUCAACGCAGUGGUUUGACAUUGAUGGGCCGUACAAUUUGGAGAGCGUGUGCUUGUCAUCGGCGACAGACAUUAAAGAUUUCAAAUUUUAUUAAUAAUCACAUUUUACGACGUUUUUUUUUUUUAAUUGUUUUGUGAAAAUAUUAUUCAAGGCUUUGCGAUCGAUGUGUCUAUCAAACUAAUAUUGUAGUUCGUAUUUGAAAAUAUUUAAAUAAACUAAUUUAAUGCUU